AUGGCUGAACCAACGGAGCUUGGACUUAGCGGCAACGCACCAGAAAACAAGAAAUGUGCGCAACCGAGACCGAAAGCUACUCCACCUCCUCAGGAGGAGGAGUCACCAUCGUUACUGUCGAUGUUCAAUAUCUUCGGAUUCGGAGCAAAGAGCGUUAUGGGCCAUACAGCAACAUAUGGGAUGAUGCCUUCUAUGCCUCAAUGCGAAUGUGUCCGUAUAGCCUUGAAACCACCAAAAGCUAGUGAUCAGUCAACUAAUCCCACGGUACAAAAGAAUAUACCAAAGUAUAUCAGACCGGAACGUUGUGCUCGAUUUAAUUACUGGUGGUUGAAAUGUUGUCAAUCUGCGGUGCUUCGUAAAGCUGGGGUAUACUGGAACGUCGUCGAGUUGUUAGAUGAGAAGGUGAUUGUCGAUGGUGUUAAGAUGCCAGUGGCGGACCUAGUUUUAGGCCAGAAGACUACAACAGCCAUUUUACUCGAUAUAAGAAGAACAUACCCGUCGCUUAAGUUUUACACCCGUUAUGGACGUCUGAUGCUACGUCGGAUACUCUUGGCUUAUGCAUUUUUCGAUCCUGAAGUUGGGUAUGUACAAGGGUUAAAUUUCAUUGUGGCUAAUCUUCUCUGGCAUUGCACUGAGGAACAAGCCUUUUGGGCUUUCAUAUCCAUUAUGUACAUGUACGAUUGCAGAUGCAUGUUUCUACAAGGUUUACCUGGAGUGUUCCGGCGUUGUGAUGUAAUAGAAAAGUGUAUGGAAGACCAUGUUCCAAAACUCACGGAACACCUGAGAAACGUCGGGGUCCACAUACCAAUGAUCGCAUCUGACUGGUUAAUGACGCUGUGCGCCAACUCCAUCCCUAUUAAACCAUUGGCACGAUUAUGGGACUCUUUUUUUGCCGAGGGCUGGAUUGUUAUAUUCAGGUUCAUUCUGUUCCGACUGAAGCAAUUUGAACCAUAUUUGCUGACAAUGCAUGACGUUGCGGAUAUAAUGAAGGUCAUAAAAUAUGGCCACGCAAAUCAAGCUGAGAGUUGGAGUUUUAUCGAACUUAUCCCAGGUUUCGGUCAAACUGUUGAGAACAAGGGCAUUAAAUUAGUUCAAGGGGCAUAUUAUUCAAACUGUGAGAAUUUAACCAACGAUCCCAAUAAAAAUAGUAACGACCAUGAUUGGAUGGAGAUUGUCAUGGGUUCUCUAAAGUUCAACCUAUCAUCCGAUUUUGUAGAUAAGCUAGAAUUACAAUCUACAGAAGAUUUAUAUUAUGAGUGCGCUAAUGCACACAAUCUAUUUCCUAACGACGAGACAGAUUGCAAGAGUGAGGGUUUAGUCUCUGAAACAAGUUCAGAAAAUGAUGUUCGAACCACCCUGCUCGAAAAGGAUCACCAAUCAUCUGAAGAGCAGGAACACCUGCCGCAGAACAUCACGAAAGAUACGCCUGCCUACGAUUUACUACGUAAGCAUGGGUGUGGCGUCAUUGCUGAUAAACUAGAAGAGUUUGCUGAUACCUUCCGGAAGCAGCUUUCGGACAUCGGCCUAGCUAACCCUUAUGUAUUGCACCUCAAGGCGCUUAGAGACGAGUAA